AUGCUCGUGCGAGCUCGGAUGCUUAAAGAUGCAGAAUACUUACUCUUAUCAGAAGAGGCAAGGGGAGGCUUUGUUGGUGAUGGUUGGAUGUUUAGUGAGAUUAUUCAAGGAUAUGUUAAUGAUUCAGAAUUGGAGAAUUCGAUAGCAUUGUAUGACAAAGUGAGAGAGAGGGGUAUAGUGUUAUUAGCUUCAUGCUAUAAAGCUUAUCUCAAUCUUUUGGUCAGAAUGAAGAAAACUGACUUAGCUGAGAGAGUUUACGCAGACAUGAUAGAAGUUGGAUUAGGGUCACACUCUGAACACAAUUUUGUAGACUUUGUAGUUGAAGCACUGAGCAAGAAAGGAAGGACAUUUGAAGCGGUCAAUAUACUAAGAAAAUUGAAGGGUUUCAGUGUUGAAUCAAGUCCGAAAGCUCUCACUGCAGUUGCUGAGGGAUAUUGCAAAAAGAAAGAUCAUGAAGAUGCACUUAAUUUUCUGAAGGAGUGGAACCAUAUCCCAGAAGCUCGUGUUUGCAAUAAAAUCGUCUCUUCUUUGUGUAGUAAUUUGAGUAGUGCAGAGGCAUGGGGUUUUGUCGAAAGAUUGGAGGAUAUAGGAUUCGAGCCUGAUGCUAUAACUUUUGGGAUCCUCAUUUCUCAAAGUUGUCGUGAACGAAAAUUGAGAGAUGCAUUCAUUUUUUUGUCAGAAGGUUCAUCUAGAAGUAUAAAACUUGAUGUCUAUGCUUAUAAUGCACUUAUCGGCGGGUUAUUUAAGGAGGGAAUGUAUAGCUCUGUGAAGAAUAUUACUGAAGAGAUGAUCGAGAGUGGUCUGAAGCUGGGUCUAGCUACAUUUAAAAUUUUGUUGGCUGGAUACUGCAAAUAUAGAAAAUUCGAUGACGUAAAAAAGAUCUUAGAAGAAAUGACAAAUUGUGGCAUGAUUUCUCUAGCUCCUUCUGAGGAUACUCUCUCCAAAGAUGAAGCUGCUCAGUGGGGAAAGAACCUCUCAUUGUCAACAUAUUCCAAACUAUUGAAAGGUCUAUGUCAAUCCUCCUCAUACAUAAAAAGCACAAUUACUAUUUUAGAUGAGACUCCUGAAUUAGUGGAUCAGCUUGAUUUUGAGACACUCAAUCAUCUCAUACAAUAUUUAAGCAAGAAUGGGGCACCAUUUUGUGCAAUAUCUAUAGUGGAUCAGUUGUUUAAGAGAAAUAUGGUGGUUGAAAGUGAUACCUAUACCGUGAUAUUACUGGGCUUAUGUAAAGAAAGGAAUAUUGAUGGACUUAGAGAAUGUUUACAAGCAACACACAGAAUCUCAUCGUUACUCUGGUCUACAGAUAUCAAGAAGCUUAUAAGUUUCUUAUGCAAGUUCGGAAUGGUCAAGGGCAUGCUAGAAAUUUUUGAUAGCAUCACAGAGAAGUGUCAGUGUCCGAACUUAAUUUCAGUUAUUUGCAAUGAUAUUGUGAGGGAGUUAUGCAUCAGAGGCUUUACUGACGUUGGAUAUGUAUUGGUGGAGGAGUUUCUUAAUAGGGGUCUUGCUGUUGAUAAUGUGUCUUAUAUCAGUCUUAUUGAAGGUUUCAUAAAGGAGCAAAAGUUUGAUAAAGCACAAGGAAUAAUUGAUGGAUUCCUAGAGAAAAAUAUGGCCCCUGAUGCAAGUAUAUAUGAGCUCAUUGUGCCGCAGCUGUUUAAGUUCAAUAUAGUCGGAAAAGUUAUGAGUUUAAAGCAAACUAUGUUGAAAGCACAACCUAAAUCUGCUUUUCUUGUAUACAAGACUUUGGUGAAUGAAUUCUGCAAAAAGGGAAAGAUGAAUGAAGCAGCCAUUCAGUUACAUGAAAUGCUGGGGAACAAAGUUUUCCCAGAUAGUGAUACUCUUAAUGCUUUGCUCCAAGGUUACUGUCAUGUUAAAAGCUUAAAAAAAGCACUUGAAAUACUCUGUGUCAUGUUAAGAAAAAACUUUGACCUCUCUUUAUCUGGAUAUCGAAGUCUAAUACAUCAUUUGUGUACUCAUGACAAAAUACUUGGUGCAUUGCGUCUCAAAGAGGUGAUGGAGGAGAAAUGUGAUGCUGAGCCACUUGUCUUACACAACAUUCUGAUAUUUUAUCUAUUUAAGUCAGGACAUAGGUUGCUAGUUGAGGCUCUUUUGAAGAAAAUGUUAGAGAAGCAUUUAUUUCCUACUUCAGAUACUUUUAAUUUUCUUGCGUAUGGUUAUUAUAAGUGUGGAGAUGCGUCUAGAUCAAUAAAGUUACUGGAUACUGUGAUCAGUGAAAAUAUGAAACCAAGUAAUCGUAUCCUGAGAAAAGUUAUCUGUUACUUAUGCAGUGAUGGGAAUGUUAGCAAGGCACUAGAAUUGAGUAAGGUGAUGGAAUAUAAUGGCUGGAAGCAUGGUUCAGUAGUUCUCCAUGCACUCACCGAGGGAUUUUUGAGUAAUGGUGAAAUUUCGAAGGCAGAACACUUUCUAUACCAAAUGGAAGAAAAAGACAUGAUGCCUACUAACAUCGAAUUAGAUCUUCUGAUUAAGAAGUUUUGUGUACAUGGUUGCAUAAAAAAGGCCGUUGAUCUUCUGAAUCUCAUGUUAAAGAAGGGUAGCUUACCAAGUGAAAUUAGUUACAGUUUGGUCAUCAAGGGUCUCUCCAUUGAAAAAUUAUUUGAUCAAGCUUUUGACUUUCAUGCUGAAAUGCUGUACAAGACUCUGGAACCAACCUUGGAUGCCUGUAACACCCUUGUUUGUGGUCUUUGUGAUAAUGGUAGAACCGAUGAGGCUAGAAUUUUUUUGGGAAAGAUGCUUCAUUUUGGUCCAGUUCCCUCAAGUGACAUGUAUAAUUAUGUAAUUGAUAAAUAUUAUGCACAAAAUAAUUUGAACAAGGCUUCAGAGCUGUUGUACGAAAUGCAACAAGUUGGGUAUUCCCCUACGUUUGAGACUCAUUGGUCUUUCAUAAGCAAUUUAAGUUGUAGUGAUACGAAGGAUGUUAAUGAUGAUGGCAAGGGUUUCUUAUCUCGUCUUCUUUGAAUGGUCCUCAAACAAAAAUUGUGGAUAAGAUUCUUUCAACAGUUAAAUAAGCAUCACUAUAUUCGGAGAGCAAGGGCAUCAGAAAACUAGAAUGAAGCUUUGUGACAGUGAACUACUACAAGUACUGUUUCCUGAGUCCUUCUUAUAAGGAUACGAAACUAAAGGAUGCAUAUGAAAACAUAUUGAGCUGACAACUCAUGGAAGCUCGGUUGAAGAAUAAGGUGAUCAUAAAUGGUGUGAGGUUGUUCGAAGUCUGAAUCCUCGAAAAGAUGCAACUAUUCCCAAUGAUUUGUGCUGAUCAUCAUCAGGAAUAUGCACACUGAAGAAUUUGGCUUUUCUGACGCAAUGCUACAAUAGGAUGGAUUUGCCGGCUGGGCUGGCAUAUGGUAUACUGAUAAAUAUAUCAUAUUGCUGUAUAUAUUCUGUGCAUUUUGUUCAUCACAAUAUUCAUUUACUGGUACAUGAAUACAUUGGUUCUGUCACAGUGAUUAUUAUUGUUAAACCUUUAACAAAAUUAAGAAUGCUGAUUUGUCACUCCCUUUAAAAGUA